AUGACAAGUAAAACCUCUAAUGAGGUGCAGGUGGAUGUCCACCGUGAAUCUAGCGAGACGGCCAGUUCAAGCGGCAGGAGGCGUGAACCACAUAGUCUGCUUGAACAAACGACAACAGCAGAUUCACGCUCUAAUGAGCAAACACAACUACAGCAAACCUUGGCGCAAUGGUUUGCUAAAAUGGCAACUAGUCUAUCUACGGCGAUAGAAAAUGCAUUUAAAAAUUUCUCCGACAAGUUCGAUGUAGAUCCUAUUCAGGACGAAUUUCUCACAGAACUAGAAGAAGGAGAACUUGAAAGAAAUGGCAAUGCUAAUAGCAGUGAUGGCAAAAAUGGCCGCCAAAACGACAGACACAGUCAGGAAGAGCCUGACGUCUCAGACGGCACUAAUGUGCAACGCAUGAUUGAACGAGCUAAGACUCAAAAUGCUACUGAACAGGCUAAAGAGCCUAGUGUGCUUGAUGGCAUACGUGGAGAAAUGAAAACGGCUGAAACGGGUCCCAAGGUUAACGAUGACCUUGCUGAAAUAGUGAACGGACUUGUGCAGAAAGGUUUAUCAGAAGAAAAACUCCAAGAUAAACUAAACAAGUAUCCAAGCCCAGAAAACUGCGAGGCAUUGUCCAAAGUGAGGGUAAAUCAGCUUAUUUGGGAUAAUUUACAACCAAAUACUAGGUCACAAGAUCUUCGAUUUCAAAAAGUGCAAACGGCUUUGAUCAAAGGCAUGGCGGCAAUUGUUCGCGCCACUGACACAGCGCUGGCACAUGUGACCAUCUUGCCCGUGGGGAAGGAGAUUGUUGAAAGCAUGACUGAUGCUAUUGCUUUGUGUGCUCAUGCGAAUUCUGAGCUUAAUAUUUGUCGAAAGGAGUUGAUAAAACCUGACCUUCACGAAGAUUACAAGCAUUUGUGCUCGGCCUCAGUGUCUUCGUCUUCCCAGUUGUUUGGGGAUGAUCUCUCCAAGCAGGUCAAGGACCUUACAGAGGUCAAAAAAGUCGGUCGGAAAAUGACCAGGCAUAACAACAAACCUUAUGCCAGAGCCCCGGCUUACAGUUAUCGGGGACGAAAUCGUAACAUACGACCUAGGCCUUUUUUAGGCGAAAGACAGGUAGCGAGUGCGUCGCUACCCUUCCACAACAAGAGGUAUCAACGAGGCAAGUUCAAAAAAUUUGCAAACUGAGUUCAUCUACUGCCGAAACGGUAAGUCGAACAUUUUCUCACAGUAAAAAAAUAGGGGGUAGACUGAAACAAUUUAUUCACUUUUGGGAAAAAUUGACAUCUAAUAAAUUCAUACUUGAAACAAUAGCAGGCUAUAAAAUUUAACUCGAGCCUGAGGCGAUCUGUGGCCAUAAUUGGUCUCGCAAUCCUGAAACAAAAUUUAAUGAUAAAGAACAAUGCAUCAUAGACAAUGAAAUAGAUAAGCUUAUGUGCAAGGGAGUAAUUGAAGUUACACAGCACUGUCAAGGGGAAUUCAUUUCCCCAAUAUUCAUUCGUGCCAAGAAAGAUGACAGUCAUAGACUGAUAUUAAACCUCAAAGAGUUGAACACCAAUGUUGAAUAUCACCAUUUUAAAAUGGAAACCCUACCGUCGGCUGUUGCUCUAAUGAGACCAGGGUGCCAUAUGGCAUCGAUUGACCUCCGAAAUGCUUAUUAUCCUGUGCCUAUUGAUGUAAACUACAAAAAAUACCUAAAAUUUUACUGGAAAGGCACACUUUACCAGUUUUAA